AUGUCCAACAGCUCUCCAACUCAGCUCAAACGCUCCUCUUCUCAUCCAGAGUCUCUACGUUCAAACAUCGCAAGCGACGACUCAGGUGACCGUCAGGUAACGGACGACGCUUCACAACUGAGACGCAGGGCUCACUAUCCGAGUAGAGUGAUCACAAUUCAGCCUCUCAGGAGAGAAGACAUGCAGGUACCACACGCCCAAGAUCUGGGUGCUGAGAACGUUCAACAUGGUGUGUACGGGACGCUCAUAAGUGCCCUUGGGGAGUGCAUCGGGUUCUGUGGCGCCUUUCCAUGCUGCCCCUUGCCCAAUCCAUAUCGCGAAGUGCGACAGGAAUCUCAUUCUACUUUCCUCUUAGCCGUGGAUCCUGGUCUCGUUUAUGUGAAUGCAUGUGCGGAAUCAUUAAGCGUUGUGGACGUCAAAAUUCAAAUCAUAAGCAUCGGGCGCCAGACGGUCAUAACGCGAGACAACGUUAACGUUGACAUUGAUUCUGUCAUUUACUUCCAAAUUACAAAUCCAUAUCGAGCAGCCUUUGGGAUUACUGAUCUCCGUCAAGCCCUAGUGGAACGUGCACAAACAACUCUCCGUCACGUUGUCGGCGCACGCACCGUUCAAAGUGUGGUGGUAGAGCGAGAGGCCAUCGCUCUUGAAAUUGACUCCAUAUUGUCAGAGAUAGGCGACAGGUGGGGCGUUACUAUUGAAGGAAUACUCAUCAAGGAUAUCAUCUUCUCCCCCGAAGUAUCCGCCUCUCUCUCAUCCGCUGCACAACAAAAGCGCAUGGGAGAAGCCAAGGUCAUUGCGGCACGCGCGGAGGUUGACGCUGCGCGUCUCAUGCGCCAAGCUGCCGAUAUCCUCGCCUCGCCGGCCGCUAUGCAAAUCCGCCAGCUUGAAGCAUUCCAGUCAAUGGCAAAGACUUCCAAUUCUAAGGUCAUAUUUGUCCCUAUGGCAUUGCAGUCCGAUGUGGCUCGAUUAGCAGCAGGCGAGGGAGAAGGAUCAAGCUCGGGUGGUGGAACUACUGCUGCUGGAACGACCUUUUCCGCAGGGAUGAUCAAUUCAGUGGCGCAAAUGUAG